AUGGAGGACGGAUCGUCCAAGCGCCGCCUUGUACGUGGAUCUCGAGGUACCUCCAGCUCUCUCCUCUUGUACAUUUUUGUCGAUGGUGCGCGAGGAAAGACGAUGAUCAUUUUUGGGUGCAGCAGCUUGCUAGUAUUUUCCGUUUUUUUCGUGAUUUUUUUUAUUUCCUUCCCUUCUGAACUGAAGAUCUGAUUUUUGCGGCGCUUGCUUUUUUCGUCCCAAUCUUUAGGCAAGAAAUUGUUAGUAAAUGGAUUUCGUCGUUUCCUCCAGUUGUUGGUGCAAUCAUGUGAUGUCAGAAUGGGGAGAGGCAUAUUCUUGCAUUUUUUUUCUUUUCUCAUAUACGUUUACAAUCUGAGAUUAUUUGAUUCCGUACUAGGGAGUGAGUGCUGCGCGGCUGAAGGCAUGGAGAACGUGAUUGCUAGCGUGAGUGGUUACCAUGGCAGAGAGAGGUUUAAGCUGAUAAAGCUCAUCACACAAACUGGUGCUCACUACGUGGGGACCAUGGCCAGAUCGACUACCCAUUUGGUUAGUUUCACAUUUUAUUUUAAACUUGGAAGAGAAGCCCACAUUUCUUCUGAUGACUACUAAUAAUCCUCAAUUCCUUUUUUAUCCUAUCAUAUUUUUAUGUGUACAUGGAAAUUAUAUCUGGAGCUGCGUGGGCUUUUUUCGGUACAGGUAUGCUGGGAGCUAGAUGGAAAUAAGUAUAACCUUGCAAGAAGUUUCGGGACCAAAAUAGUCAGCCAUGGUUGGUUUGAGGACUGCUUAAAGAAGGGGAGGCGAAUUCCUGAGCGUCCUUACCUUAUGCAGAGGUUAAUUAUGCUUGUCUUUAUUACUUUGAUUGCUAUUAGUUUUAUUUUACGGUUCUGAUUUAUGCUGAAGUACCUAUCGAGUCUAACUAGAUUUUUUGGUUCUCGUUCUUCUCUUUAAUCUUCGUCAAAUAUUGGACUGUUCGUUGAACAUUCAGUGUUUAUUGCCUACUUCAUUAUCAUCUGUCAAGUUGCUUAUGGAAAUAUUAACAUGAAUUUUAUGGGUCGUAUGCAUAUAAGUUGACAUUAAUCUAGUCUUAUUUGGAUUAUUAGAAAAAGGCAUCUUAAAUUGCAAAAAUUUAUACACAAUGUUCUUCUAUAAUGCAUGUAAGUUGACAUUAAUCUAGUCUUAUUUUGGAUUACUAAAAAAACGGCAUCUUAAAUUGCAAAAAUUUAUCCACAAUGUUCUUGCAUAAUGUCCUUGAUCGUUCAUAAAAGAGUAUCUCACUGAAGAAAAAUGGGUAAAGCUUUUUCUUGGCAACAGUAUGUGGUGUGUAAAGCCUUUGGAUGAUGAAUGAAAACUAUGCAUGAUUCAUCUCAACCUUCAAAUAAUUUUAGGGGACAAAAUGCGAGCUGAUUAAAAUGUGUCAACUGGGAGUCUAGCUGUAAAACAAACAUUGUGAUUUCUGCGAUAGUUUUAAUUUAAACGUGUUUUCAUGUUUAUGACCCUCCAUUAUCUGCAGUGGCAGACAGGUUGGACCCAUCUUAUGGGAGGUCCCAAAGGAAGAUAAGCACGCCAAGAGAAAAGGGGAAAAUCCAGAGAAUGCCAAGCAAGACGUGCUAUUUGAUCUAUCCAAUACAUUUGACGAUGCCAGAAAUCAAGGAAAUAGUUCAAGGCAUUGUGAAAAUGAAGUGCCUCGUUCUCAUCUAUUGGAUAAGGUAAUAUUCUGAUUAGUAACCUGUAGCCAACCAUUUGGCAAUGUAUGUUAUCGGUGAGUUGUUUGAAAUGUGCUGAAUUGAUUGAGUAAAUCGCGGCAUACUUAAACAUCAUCCAGGAUUAGACUAACAUUUCUGAUGAGAUAAUUUAAGUGAACGAGUAAAUCAUAGUCUGAUUAUCCUUUCUGUCUGUACAAAGCUCAUCUGCAUUUACAAAUUUAUUUUAUUGAUUGUAAAAGGUUUAGAUAUGAUGUCACUUUUUUCGUUGUGAUACAUAUAAUCUUAUUGCAUGCUCUUUGGUUUUCAUUUAAUGGAAAUGGAGUCGAGUUGACCUUGUUUGUUUCCCUUGUAUAUAUGUAGUUAUUUCUUAAUCGCAUACUUGAGGACUAUGACAUAUACACUGAUCAGAUGAACCUUAAUGUAUUUAACGGUGAUAUCAUAAUAAUAUCCGAUUCCUUAUUGAAUCUGUAAAUUGAUUUAGCACAAGGUAUUACGGGAUAGAAUAAUGCAUUAUCUAGAGAUUUAGCACUGUACGUUCUGUAAACGUCUUGUUGAACUCUUUCCAUUUUCAUAUGUUUUUUUAUUUCUUUGUAAAUGUAUCAUCAAAUGUUUAUUCAUGUAUCAAACUCUGGUUGCGUUUUUUUUGUUGUUGGUCAGUUUUCCUUAUCCCAUUAUUGUAUUACUGCCAGCGUCUCUUUUCUUUCUAGUGUUCUGUUGAAACUUCUUGUUAGAUGAUGAUGUGCUGGCCAUCUUGCAUUGUUUUUAAUGAAUGUCUGCCAUGUUGCUAUAUACCCAAACAAGGAAAAAUUAAAUCGGAUUCCUAUUUGGAACCUGUUUUAGAAUAUCCGAGUCUGAGACUCUAUUCCUUUUCACAUCGUCUGUUUCAAAAAAUUUCCCCCCUUGCAUCUCGCAUGUAAUGGAGCUAUGUCCUUUCUUGACACUAUUCCCUGCCCCUUGUAGUCUACUUCUUCGUUGUGAAGUUAUCAUUGUAUGCUAUGGCCGAAGGUUUCAAUUUAUUGUCCUUUGCCAUAGACUAUGUUACAUCGAUUAGAUCUACUGUAUUGUUUUUUUAGUUAAAAUAUGGAAUGUGCUAAUAAUAUUAAAGGUGAUUUCUAGAACGGAAAACAGUUUGGUACGUCCUGCAUUAGAGGCCUUACUGCAUUAUUCGUUAAUAAAAUAUUGGAAUAUAUUUGACUACUUGUAUGCGUGUUAUUGGGGACAUAUUUAUAUCCGGCCUAAUGUAUUUAUUAGAUUUUUAUCAGGGAAAAUCUUUAAGCUUUCUUUACUCCUUAUGCUGAUUUAUUAGAUUAUUGUUGGAUGAAUUUUGUUCCAGUCUAUAAGCUCCCCAUGUUUAUAAUGCCAAUCUUUUCUUCUUUUACCAGCCUGGAUGUGCUUCCAUUUCUCGUCCACAUUCUUGCGGACAGAAAACGAAUUUAUGUGAUCGUAUUGAGAACAGUGAGUCCACUGAACGAAAAAGUCGAAAACUGAGAAGGAGAAGCAGAACGGCUGACUUUUCCGUUCAUGCUGUAUUGGAAGCUAAUCGUCGUGCUGAAAUUUCUUACCUACGAGAUAUCAGUGACAGUGAUUCUAUCAGCUCUGAUGAUUUAGUCAACAGGCAGGUACCGCCGCCAGAGAAUAAUUCUGAUGAAACAAGCCAAGCAGCUGAUGGUUUGGAGGAUAUUGUGGAGUUGAAUAGCUUCCCUGAUCCUAAUGAAAUCACUCCACAGAAACAGCAUGGCAAGUGUGGGAUGAGUCAGAGAGAAGACAGGGAAGCGUCUCCAUCGAUUGAUCCUUUCAGAUCACCUGCAGAGCUGUCAUGUGUAAUAUGCUGGACAGAUUUUAGUUCAACCAGGGGGGUUCUAGCAUGUGGGCACCGGUUCUGUUAUACAUGCAUCAAAGGAUGGGCUGAUUGUAUGGUAAGUAGUUUCCAUAUAAGUCUUCUCUUAUCUUACCAUAUAACUGUCUACAUUUUCUCAGAUUUGACCAAAUUAUUACUUUCUAAAAAGGAUUCAAUGCCGGCAUGAUUUUGCUUCUCAUUUGGUUUCAGAUUUUGCUUUCUGCUGUCUGUUUCCCUUUCUCAUGGCGAGUAAAUGGAUAUUUACUUUGAAUGACCAAUUGGAGGGUUCUACAACCUGAUCAACUAAUCUUCUUGAUAUUCUAAUUUCCAGAAAAUAUCGUUUUAAAUGAAUCCGUAUUGAAUUAAACUAGUGGCCUCAGAGAUAUUUUUUGGAAUUGAUGAAGUUGGUAUUCAAUAGAUUCUUGGUUUUUGUGAAGGGCAUGACCAAAAACAAUUUCUGUACAUAAAGAAAAUAAACUACGUUAUUCUACGUAAAAUCUGGAUUGGUAGAUGCGUAUUUUCAAUCGCUAUUGGUUCCCAUGGCCUUCACUUGUGGUUUUUCUCCUGAAGCCAUACAUGCUACAGUGGUAGGACUGAUUCAACGCUGACCAUUAGGAGACAGUUGGAUGUAUUACUAUGUACAGUACUCUUCUUCGACUGAUUUUCUCAAUGAUCAGUCUUUUGAUCAUAUCAACUUUUCCCAUGCUUCAAACAAAUUUUAGAAAGUUUGACCAAUCUACUUCGAAAUCUGUAUGCGAAGUCCACGAGAUAAUAUGCCGAAACCCUAAGUUUUUCUUCCUAGUAUGCCUACAGGAGAUUAAUGAUUCAACUGAAGAGCCAACAUUUAUGGUAGAAGAAAAGCAUCAAAUCAUGUUCUGGGUCUUCGUUUAAUUGGUGUUCUUGAAUGCAAUAAAAUAAAAUAGGUUUUUCUACGCAAGUGAUUACUUACUUAUCAUCGUACUUCUUCAAUCUGCUGGAUGUGGAAUUUAUUGGGUGCAUGUUCAUCCUUCCAUUUCUCUCUUCCAGGCCUCAAAGAGGAAGGUUUCAACCUGCCCCCUCUGCAAGGCGAGCUUCUCGAGCAUCACCAAGGUGGACUCUGCGGCAUCUUCUGAUCAGAAGAUAUACUCUCAGACUCUUCCGCCCUCUUCUUCCUCGGACGCUGCAGACAUCUGCCUGCCUCCCAACGAUCUGGACUCCUUCAUCGGCUCUCAGGUAAACAAACUUGCUGCAUCUCUGGGGCAGUUGACUUUUAGCUGCUGAGAUCGCAUCAAGAUGACAAUUUCUCCUCUUCUAUGAUUUAAUCCGGGGCGUUAGAUUAGAUAUUUUUGUUCCUUUUUUCAUCGACGGUUCAUGGAGACCAAAAAUCAACUCAGCAAUAGAUCAAUUUGCUCUGGAAUAUUAACAGGCCUCGGAGUUGGUAUGA